GUUACUUUUUUUGCGCCGUACUUCCCUUCGUCCCUUUUUAAUUCGUGUGCCUUGAAAAGACCGGGACAUUGUGAGCGGGAGGCAAUUAUCAGCACGGAUCACUGUGCAACAUGUGCUGUUCAGACAACCAAAAAGUAUCCCCGUAGUUCACGCAGAGACACUUGUGGCAGCUUGUUGCCAAUUAUUUGUAACCAGUUGAUUGUCGCCGCUGCCGGGAGACCGCGCCGAUGGAAUGCGAGCCCGGCUCCGAAUCUGCCGCUGACAGGGGCUGCCAUGGCAACGGCAGGGCGUGCGGGCUGAUCCCGGACACUGGCCUGGCCAAAGACCGGUGGAAACUGCUGCAACGGGUGUUAAAACAGAAGAGCAUAGAUAAAGGAAACCUGCAACAGGUUUCUAUCAGAAGAUCUUUGACUUUCGACAUAUUUUGCGCUGAUGCGGUGAAGAAAUUGGAGGCAGAUUCUGAUAAUGAAAUGUGGGUGGAGUACACAUGCAUUCCCUAUCCACAGUAUAGGGUGUAUUUAAGACACAGUGUUGGUCCUCUGAAUGUUGAAGAUGUUCUCACCAGUUUUGACAACACCGGAAAUGUCUGCAUCUGGCCUUCAGAAGAGGUGUUGGCUUAUUACUGCAUUAAACACAGUGAUAUAUUUAGAGGCCUUGCAGUUUGUGAACUGGGAGGUGGAAUGACAUGCUUGGCUGGUCUCAUGGUUGCUAUUUCUGCAGAUGUCAAAGAAGUUCUAUUAACUGAUGGGAAUGAAAAAGCAAUCAAAAAUGUUGCUGAAAUAAUUGAAAGAAACAAAAAACAUGGACUAUUCAGGGCUGGUUCUGUUUCAAGCUGCAUAAUGCGAUGGGAUAAUGAGGUGGAUGUGUCUCUUCUAGAAGGACAUUUUGAUGUCAUUAUCUGCGCUGAUUGCUUGUUUCUGGACCAGUAUAGAGCCAGCCUCGUUGAUGCAAUAAAGAGAUUACUCAAACCCAAUGGAAAAGUGCUUGUAUUUGCCCCUCAGAGAGGCAGUACUCUAAACCAGUUCUGCAGUCUUGCAGAGAAAGCCUGUUUAACUGCCCAGAGGCUUGUGAAUUACGACGACCAUGUUUGGAACUUUCACCUCAAGAUGAAGAAUGAGAAAACGGAGAGGUACGAUGAGAACCUCCACUAUCCUGUGCUCAUUACUCUAACUAAGCAGGGAACCGCGAUCUAUCCUCACUCAAGCUGACCGUGAACGGACUGAUGUUUUCUUCGGUAUUUCUAGAGGUCACUCAUCAAUACAAAAGCACAAGUUCCUAUUGUUUUCUCCUAUUAAGGAUUAUGAAAGAAUAGAUUUUUUUGUUGAAGAGUUGGAGAAAUUCCACCAAUGUAAGCUCACCCUACAAAAUCAGUAGAAUUUGUAAUGUUCCACAUUUCCCCAAUUAAAGCAGUUUGCCUCAAUGAAGGUGCUUGUAUACAUGGAAUUGUUUUUCUCUCUGAUUGCUUUGCUGUUUAAAAUGCAAAGUCCUUUAUUUUUAAGAUUUCUUUUCCUACUGCUGGUUUUCUUAUCUAAAGAACAUUAUACGCAUUUAUUUUUCAAUAAAGUUUUUUAAAAAAUCUCAAUUACUAAUAAGGAAUCUGAAAAUACCUAUUUUUUCACUCUUUUGGCAUAACUCUGUUUGAAGCAAAAAUGUUUAAAGCCUGGGUAGUUUACAGGUCAGUUUACUUUACCAAUCAGCGUAAACUUGACAACUUAACAUUUUGUGAAACAAGACUUGUCCAACCCUCUGCACCUCCCUUCCAAUUAUGCACGAUUAGUCUCAGUGUGUUGUGUGAAGAUGAAGGAGUGUGCUGAGUGAUGAUUAUCUGUUGAGGUGCAAGGAAUCCAGGAGUUUCUUACCUUAUUUAGAGAAUGAACCUUUAGCAAUAUUUGGUUCAAUCACCUCACUGUGGUAAUGUUUUUAAACCUAUGCUUAGGGAUUAUUAUUGUUAAGCCUCUAUUUGAUGAAAUUCCCAAAGUGAUACUGAAAUAUUUCCAUAUAUAAAUCUCAGGAAAAUCUCUGUGCUGCACACAUUCACUUCGAAAGUGGCAUCAAAUGUCUUAA